CUAAAAUGAAUAAGAAUUACGGUUCAUAACCUUGCAUUAUUUAUUACACGAUCUAAGUUUUUAAAAGCUUUAAAAGAUAAGGUUCAAAAUUUGUAUAAUGUCAGAUAAAAAAGUAACACCAAGAGACAAUGUGAAAUACGAAAAAGUAGUUUUGGAAAAAAUUGGUCCUCACGUUGAAAUUUAUGGACCAUACACAAAACGUGGACUCCGAAGAUUAUUACUUUCAUCGAUAUCACUAUAUCCAGAUAAAGAUAAUCAAAAGGAAACAUUAAAGCAAAUUGGAUUAAAUGAACAAGAUUUAAAGAACAUUAAAAAUGAUCAGCAACUCAGUGAAAAGACUCAAAGAACUUUACAAGAUCUCGAAAUCACUAAGGAUAUGAUUUUAAAGGCCAAAUCGAAAAAAUCGAAAGAGUAUUUAAGAAUAGAAGAUAAUAAGAAGAGAGGAGAAAACGUUACACAUGCUAAAGAAGCUAAAGAUAAAAAAUAUAAUAAGGACUGUUAUGAAAAAGGAAAGGGAGACAAAAAUGUCAGAAAAAGGGAAAAAUCAAUUCGAAGUGCAAAAGAAAAUUUUAUUGAACACCUGAAGCAAAGAGGGAUUAGCAAUGAUCUCAUGGCUCGAUUAUUAAGGAAUGGUCUUACUGAAGAGACUAUAAGAUUGUUGCAAGCUUUGGGAUUUUCGACUGACAAAUUAGAAAAUUUGCAGAAGUUGUGGCAAAUUGUAUUGAGUGAAAAUGAUGAUGAUGAGUGCUCGGGAUCUACAAUUUUAGAACCAUCUUCUUCAGAUGAAUAUAUGUCUUUGGAUAGCUUGUAUUUAAAAAGUUACAUUUCGGUUCCAAUUAAAAAGGCACUUCGUGAAAUUAUUUUAAGAAAGCCGAAAGAUCCUGUCGAAUUUUUGGGUCAGUGGCUUCUACAUUUCAAGGUGUACGAGGAGCGAGAGAUAAAACUAAAAGAAUGCGAAAUAGAAUUAACGACAGAGCGAGAAAAGUUGAAAUUAAAACGGAAAUUUGAGAUGGAAGCUAAUUAUAUUAAUGAAAAUUAUGAAGAGGAAAGUGAAGAAAAUCUGGAAGAAACUUGACGAAUUUUGGACGAAAAUAUAAUUUUUUGACACAAAUGUAAAUUCUUUAAUAUAUCUAUGGGUUUUAACUAUAAAAAUAAAUACUGCACUUAGCAAUUACUAUAAGG